AUGAAGUCUGGGGAAUGGAGAACUGCUUCUCCAUUGGGCGACAGACAGACUGAACCUCUGCAUCCCAGGGCUGUCCCCGCACACUUCUCUACCUCCCUCACAUCCGCUGUCAACAACUUGCUCGACAUGGGGACGGACAGCACGUCUUCUCCUCAAAGCCUUGGCGCCUUGACCACAACGCGCAACGAUGCCAACCUCACUCGACGCGAACGAAAGAGGGCGAGCGAUCGUAUGUCCCAGCAGGCAUCCCGCGCAAAGACGAAAGCAUAUAUCGCCCAUCUCGAGAGGAGUGUGGCAAGGCUUACAGAAGCCCAAAGUAAUUCUGGGCCAACUGUUUCUGAACAACUAAGACAGCAGUUCGACGAGAUUGCCAGCCUGAAACAAGCUUUGGCUCAGAUCGCCAAGCUUGCAACCAAUUCGAUCUCAAAGCACCAGGUUGAUGACGACUCAGAUGACCGCACUUCUGCCACAAGUAACGAGAAGGGAUCCAGGCAUGUCCCAGAGGCGUACAAUCCAGCAUGUCACCCCCAUCAAGAGUCACUCGACCGUCUAUACCCAGCCCUCGAUCUCAACUGCGGCGACAAGCAGCGAGAUUAUUUCCAAGCUUUCAGCCAAGCGCUCGUUACAAUAGAGAGCGACGCGAUUGGGCACGCUUUCUCGGACCCCGAGAUCGACGACGACAUUAAUAUCAGGGCGGUACUGGACGGUUGGGAUGCUGCGAGGGCCAAGAACCCAUUCGAUAUAGGCUGGCUGAUGUUACAGACUGUCGAUGAGGGUUUUCUCUGGCGCAGCGGGGCAGUGGAAAGGAUGGGGAUGCUCCGGGUGAUCCGAUCAAUGCUCAUGGUCAAACUGAACCCACAACUUCCAUCGAGCAGGAGACCCCCUGCUUACAUGAAUCCAAGGUGCGCAAAAGGCAAACCCCCGUGUGUCGCGCGUAAGCCAUUGCUGAUCAAGAUAACCAAUAGUCCAUUGCAAUCUCAGACGGAGCAUUCAAGGCUGGUCGAUUACUUCGUAUGGCCCGAAGUGCGCGAUUACCUGAUUCUUUUUGGCAUCAACUACGCGCCCGAGAGUCUCGCGGCCCAGUUCGCGAGCGAUAUUGGAUUCAGAUGGACAUACGACCUGAGAGAUACCUGCCGGUAUCAGCCCGCGAAAGGGGUAUAUAGUUUCUCCGAGGAUUUCAAUCAAGCAUACAGGAACCUGGACUCGUGGUAUAUGAAGUCUACCGUUGUAACGAGCUACAUACCGCCGUUACCUUCCAAUUUGUUGUGUGCUUGGUCAGAUGAUGAUGACUGGCUGAAACAUAAGACUGGCGAGUGUCAAGUAUCUCCUAAUUCUCCUCCUCAUAUCGACGAAGAAGGAGAACAAGACUGGCUACUACUGACAGCAAUGCUUGACGAUAUUCCUAAGUAG